AUGGAAGAUGAACCGGAGCGCGAGGGACGCGGCGAGACCUUCAGUCCGGAUCUGAUGCACGCCAUAUUCAAGCACGUGUGGAGCCGCCGGACCGAGCGGGGCGGCGGCGCCGACGAGGCCAUAGAAAUCGAGCCUGCUCCGGAGACGUCAAGGAGGAGCAGGAGUACCACUGCCAAUGCAAGUGCGCUUCAAGUGAGCUGCGAGCUUCUUCGGAUCUUCGUCGCAGAGGCUGUGCAGCGUUGUGCUGUGAUUGCCGAGGCCGAGGGGACGACCAUAAUCGAGCCCACCCACCUAGAACGAGUUUUGCCGCAGCUUCUUCUGGACUUCUGAGGUGGUUCGUCAGGGCCAGGGAGCGCUUGUUAGAUCGCUGGCAUAACAGUGGACUAAUCCCUAUAGUCUGCUAGUAUUGCACC